UACUACUAAACUACUAAAGAUUUCAUGCAGCAUUACUACUAAACUACUAAAGAUUUUAUGCAGCAUUACUACUAAACUACUAAAGAUUCUAUGCAGCAUUACUACUAAACUACUAAAGAUUUCAUGCAGCAUUACUACUAAACUACUAAAGAUUUUAUGCAGCAUUACUACUAAACUACUAAAGAUUUCAUGCAGCAUUACUACUAAACUACUAAAGAUUUCAUGCAGCAUUACUACUAAACUACUAAAGAUUUUAUGCAGCCUUACUACUAAAGAUUUUACUCAGCAUUACUAAAGAACAGGAAAUUGGAUUGAGAAAAUAUGGAAGUAUUACGAUCGAAUCUGGAAAAGUAUGGGCAACAACAUUUGCUACAAUUUUGGAACCAGUUAAAUAACGAACGACAACAGAUGUUGUUAAAUGACAUCCUCAGUAUAGACUUUGAAGACGUGUUAUCAUCUUACGAACAAACGUGCAGGAUUACUAAUAAUAAUGGUGAAAAAUUGGAUAAUUUAAUACAACCCAUUCCUACCGAAAAUCAUGGAAUUUUUUCUAUUACACCCGAUACUAAAAUACAAGAAUAUAGACUCGAAGGUCUCAAUCAGAUCAGUAAUAAUCGUGUAGCGGUGCUUCUGUUAGCCGGAGGACAAGGAACCAGGUUGGGUGUAAGUCAUCCCAAAGGAAUGUACGAUGUGGGAUUACCGUCUCGUAAAUCACUCUAUCAACUUCAGGGUGAAAGAAUCUACAAAUUGCAAAAGUUGGCCCACGAACAAACGGGAAGAAAAGGAAAAAUACCAUGGUAUAUCAUGACGAGCGAACAUACAAUCGAACCAACUAUGGAUUUUUUCGAUCAUCAUAAUUAUUUCGGUUUAAAUAAAGAAGAUAUUAUUAUGUUCGAACAGAAUAUGUUGCCAUGCUUUACGUUCGAUGGAAAAAUUAUAUUAGAAAAACCGUGGAAAAUAUCAAAAUCUCCUGAUGGAAACGGAGGUCUUUAUAGGGCUUUGAAACGUAAAGGCAUAUUAGAAGAUAUGGAAAGGCGUGGAAUAGAACAUAUUCACGUUUAUUGUGUUGAUAAUAUAUUAGUAAAAAUGGCCGAUCCAGUUUUCAUCGGUUAUUGCAUCUCUAAAGGAGCAAACUGUGCUGCUAAGGUAGUUGAAAAGGUAGAACCAACAGAAUCUGUAGGAGUCGUAUGCCGAGUAAAUGGUAAAUAUAAAGUAGUAGAAUAUAGCGAAAUAUCUCUAGAAACGGCACAGUUGAGAAAUCCUAACGGAAGAUUAACAUUCAACGCUGGAAAUAUCUGCAAUCAUUAUUUCACUUUUGAUUUUCUAAAAAGAGUAGUCAAUGCAAAGGAAUUAAAGCAUCACGUGGCUAACAAGAAAAUCCCUUACGUGGACGAAAAUGGUCACGAAAUAAAACCGACCAAACCAAAUGGAAUCAAAUUGGAAAAAUUUGUUUUCGAUGUUUUCGAGUUAUCGGACCGAUUUGUUGUUUGGGAAGUUAUAAGAAAAGACGAGUUUUCUCCAUUGAAAAAUAGUAAAGAUGUGGCUAACGAUUCACCAAUUUCUGCUAGACAAGAUCUUUUCGAUUUGCAUAUGCGUUACGUCUUGAAUGCGGGAGGUAGAUUCGAUUCUAAGAACAUGGAUCUCAUCUCAAAUGAUCUUGCAAAGAAGAUCGUUUGCGAAAUUUCUCCUUUGGUAUCUUACGAUGGAGAAGGUUUAGAAGAGUUAGUCAAAGGAAAAACAUUCAUUCUUCCUCUUCUUAUACAGAGCACCGAAGAACAACAAACUUCUUUCCAAACUGCUACAAAUGGUCAUCGCCAAGAUUAA